AAAUUCUGCUGACACGCGCGCCCGUACGCUCCACCACUUGUGGACCCCUGGCCCAUCCCGCCUCUGUAUAAAACGUACAAUCCCUACCUCCUCUUCCCUGUGUAUCUUGUCUAUAGCCAUAGCUAGAGCUCCGUGAGAGAAGAGCACUCCAGAAGAGGGAAAGAGAGCUCUCGAGCUUCCACAGCCAUGGUGGUCACCGAGGAGCAGAAGAAGGGCGGCGAGAUGUACCAGGGGCACGAAGUUUGCCUGCCCAAGGCGGUGGAAUUGCUCCAGCAGUUUGGAUUGCCUGGAGGGCUCUUGCCCCUUGAGGAUGUCGAGGAAUGCGGCGUGGUGCACGACACCGGCUUCGUCUGGAUCCUCUCCAAGAAGAAAGUGGACCACUACUUCAAGCUCGCCAAGCGCAAGGUGUGCUACGGCACCGAGAUCACGGCUCACAUCGUCAAGAACAAGCUGGAGCAGCUGCGCGGUGUCAAGGCCAGAGAGCUGCUGCUGUGGGUGGACGUGAACGAGAUCGAGGUGGACCAGCGCGACUCGGGUAAGAUCCACUUCCGCGGCCUGGCCGGGAUCACGCGGACUUUCCCGGUGGAGUGCUUCGCUCCAGGCGAGUGAUGGAAGGAGCUCUCUUUUAAACCGGGAAGAGGGGGGGAUCUGGAAAGUUGAGCUAUCGGUUAGUUCCAUCUUUGAGUUCCUAGAGUAGUAAAACUUCCCUGGUGUUGUUAGUUUGCAAAGAAAGCACAAACUUUAAAUCGAACAAUUGUUCUAGCAA